CUGUGGCUAUGAGCGGUUAUUUAUGUCAACGACAUAGCCUCUCUUAGAUGUUAUGAGUAGUGAUUGUUAGUAAUUAAAACACUGUCGUAGGUAAAGUAGUAGUCGCAACUACACUCGUAGAAGUUUUAAAGGAACUCGCAAAGGCUUGUACCUUAAAGUUUCAAAUUUUCCUAUAUCCACGCGCUCGUUGCGUAAACUACUAUAACUGGGGUUUUGUUGGUGCGUAUUUUAUGCUGAGAAAAUGUGUGUAUUAUUUUGUGAUUAAGCUAUCAAGAUUUUUACGUUCAGAAGAAAGUGAGAUGGGUCUUGAGUGUCUCUUAACAUCGGACAAUGGUUACAUAUAUUUGCCCAGCAAACCGUUCCGUAAGCCUCAGAAGCUGGAAGCGACUGACUCCAUCGCCGAGACUCAGCCCAUCUCCAUGGUGUCUGUGUUUGACCCUGAUAAGGCGAGAGAGAUUGCCAAUCUCCCACCCGAUCCCGGCCCGUACGAGGAUCCACCCAAAAUGCCCAAGUUUCUCAAACCUUACUGGCGAGACAAGGAAAUACCCAAGGUCCUAAGGAGAGUGUUCGGGAAGACAAUUAAACUUACCGCGUGGAUGAAAGAGAUCGCCAAGGCAAUGGUAGACGACUGUAAGGGGCAAAGACACAUAGAUCCUAGAAGAUUUAGAAAUCAGUUUAGACGAUACGUAACUUUAGAAAAAAGAGCUAGAUAUACAAUGAAACUAAUGGAAAAUCCUCCACCACCCGAACCGCCACCACUGGAGUUCGGGAAAGGGGAAUUGCCAAGAGGAGGGGAGGAUAUGGUCCCAGACGAGGAUCCUUAAUGAAAACUGUGACGAAUCUACCUUGUGUACAUUAUAUUGUCAUGUGAAUAGUUAAAACAAAUACUUAAUCUUUUUAAUAUAAUGGCCAAGCUUUAUUUUACAAACAUGAUUUUUAUAAAUUGCUAAAACUUGUUUUAAUAGUUUCUUAAUUUAAAUGAUUUUGACAAGGCAAAGUGAACUUUAUCUGUGUAUGCAGACACCUUUUGAGUGCUUGGAUCUUUUUCGCGUAUUGGUGGGCCAAAGAAAACAGGACACACAAUGCACAAACUUACAACACAAUCUUAUUUAAGUAAUGCUUUGGCAACCUCAACAAAACAACAUUACAUUUAUCAAUAAGUUAUGUUUAGUAAUUACUUGUAAAAUAUUUUUAAAAGUUAUUGUUUGUGUCAAUGACUUAUAUGAU